GCUGUUCAGUGUUCUACUCUCAUGUAUAAAUACGCUAUCAGCAGAGCCGUCUUGGCCAGUCAGUCAAUCAGUCAGUCUGCACCUCGGCGUUCGUGAAGAACUCGCUCCAACAACUCCAAGAAGCAUCUGAUCCUGCAGUACCGAUCACUCGAUCAGAGCAAUGGCGAAGAGGGGGGCUUUAGAUCUUGCUUCGGGCUUGGGAGGAAAGCUCAGCAGGCAGCAAGUCAAUUCGGCUGCAGAACAGUAUGUGAACUAUCACGAACUACAUGGAGGUGAAGAAGAAUCAAGGAAGUCGAAUUAUGCUGAUUUGGUAAACAAGUACUACGAUCUUGCCACCAGCUUCUAUGAAUAUGGAUGGGGUGAUUCAUUCCAUUUUGCUGGCAGAUGGCAUGGGGAAACUAUUCGUGAAAGCAUUAAGCGUCAUCAGCAUUUUAUGGCCCUACAAUUGGGACUCAAGAAGGGGAUGAAGGUCUUGGAUGUGGGAUGUGGAAUUGGGGGACCCUUAGUUGAAAUUGCUAGAUUCAGCUCAACAUUGAUAACUGGGGUUAACAACAAUGAUUACCAGAUAUCAAGGGGCAAGGAGGUCAUUUUUUCGGCGGGCUUGAGUGAGAAAUGCAACUUCGUGAAGGGGGACUUCAUGAAUAUGCCAAUCCCUGAUAACACCUUUGAUGCAGCCUAUUCGUUACAGGCCACAUGUCAUGCACCUGAUGCACUAGGUGUCUACAAGGAGGUUUACCGUGUGCUGAAACCUGGCCAGUAUUUCGCGCUCGAUGAAUGGUGCUUGACUGAUCGAUUUGAUCCAAACAAUGCUAAGCAUAGAGCCAUCAAGGCUGAGAUUGAGCUCGGUGAUGGCCUGCCUGACAUCCGUACCACUUGCCAGUGUGUCCAAGCUAUGAAAGAUGCAGGAUUUGAGGUUAUCUUCACUAAGGAUCUUUCUGAGGAUUCUCCUUACCCAUGGUACCAGUCGAUAGAUCCCAGCCAUUUAUCAUGGACUAGCUUCCAAUGCACACGCGUCGGACACUUCAUCACUCGCACAAUUGUCAACACACUGGAGUUCCUCCGUAUUGCUCCGGCAGGCAGCACGAUAGUGUACAACUUCCUGCGGACUGCCGCCGAAGGCCUCCUAAAGGGUGGCCGGGAAGGGAUCUUUACGGCGAACUACUUCGUCCUGGGCCGCAAACCUCUCCAGGAGACAUAAAUAGCGAAUGGCAAUCUUUGAGCUGCACGCACCGUUGAAACCCCAGGCCUGAAGCUGCCUACAACGUCGUGGAUCGUAUGGUUUGUUCUUAGGACCCCAGGUCUGAAGUUGCAUAUGUGUUCUGUACUGAAGUGUUGUUAUAGUCUUGUGGUUUUCAUGGAAGAUGCUAGUUCGUGCACUGUACUGGAUUACUGAUCUCUGCCUGAACUGAAAUAAACGGUAUUUGUCGUGUCCUGUUACUCUUGGCCCAAAAAUUUUUGCUAGGAGCUGCAGAACUAAUA